UUGAUACAGCACAGAUCCGAUUCGAGAGAGAUGGCAGAAACCGCUCCAGCACCGGCUGCUGCAGCCCCGGCCAAAGCGCCCAAGAAGAAGUCAGCUGCGAAAGCCAAGAAAGGAGGUCCAGGCGUCGGUGAGCUCAUCGUCAAAGCUGUGUCCGCAUCCAAGGAGAGGAGUGGCGUGUCCCUCGCCGCUUUGAAGAAAGCUCUCGCUGCCAGCGGCUACGACGUGGAGAAGAACAACUCUCGCGUCAAGAUCGCCAUCAAGAGCCUGGUGACUAAAGGCGCCCUGGUGCAGGUCAAAGGGACCGGCGCCUCGGGCUCAUUCAAGCUCAACAAGCAGCAAGCCGAAACCAAGAAGAAGCCGGCCAAGAAAGCGGCUCCUAAAGCGAAGAAGCCCGCGGCCAAGAAACCCGCUGCUGCCAAGAAGCCCAAGAGCGCAGCGGCAAAGAAGCCCGCCGCAAAGAAAUCGCCCAAGAAGGCCAAGAAACCCGCCGCCACAGCCGCUAAGAAGGCGACGAAGAGCCCCAAGAAGGCAAAGAAACCAGCAGCUGCUAAGAAACCAGCCAAGAGCCCCAAAAAGGCCAAGGCGGCUAAACCUAAAGCGACAAAGCCUAAAACCGCCAAGCCUAAAAAGGCAGCGCCCAAAAAGAAAUAA